CUCACUCACUCACGACCUCGCAUCUCUUUCGCUUUACAGCGCAACCCUCUAGCACCAUGUCGGCGCCAGAGGACCCCAAGAUCCUUGCCGACGCGCUCAACGUCGUCAAGGUCCAGACGGUGCAGCUCAAGCGAUGCCUGGAGCAGGAAGAGAUCAUGGAGGCGCUCAAGGCCGCGUCCACCAUGCUCUCCGAGCUCCGCACAUCGUCCCUCUCCCCAAAGCAAUACUACGAGCUCUACAUGUCUGUCUUUGACAGCCUCCGGCACCUCAGCACGUAUUUAUACGAGGCGCAUGUGGAUGGCAAACACCACCUGGCCGACUUGUACGAGCUGGUCCAAUACGCCGGUAACAUUGUCCCCCGCCUCUACCUCAUGAUCACGGUCGGCUCGGUCUACAUGUCGAUUCCCGACGCCCCUGUCCGCGAGAUUAUGAAGGACAUGCUCGAGAUGGCCCGCGGUGUACAGCACCCUACCCGCGGCCUCUUCCUCCGUCACUACCUCUCUGGUCAGACGCGCGACUUCUUACCUGUUGGCAACGAUGAUGGCCCCGGAGGUAACCUCCAAGACUCGAUCGGGUUCGUCCUCACCAACUUUAUCGAGAUGAACAAGCUCUGGGUUCGCCUCCAGCACCAGGGCCACUCUCGCGAGCGCGAGAAGCGUGAGAUGGAGCGCCGCGACCUCCGCAUCCUGGUUGGCACCAACCUCGUCCGCUUGUCGCAGCUCGAGGGCGUCGACGUCGACAUGUACAAGAACACGAUUCUGCCAGCGGUCCUUGAGCAGGUCGUCAACUGCAAGGACGUGAUUGCGCAAGAGUACCUCAUGGAGGUUGUGAUCCAGGUCUUCCCCGAGGACUUCCACUUGCACACUCUCACGCCAUUCCUCUCGGCCACAGCCCAGCUCCACCCACGUGUCAACAUCAAGCAGAUUGUCAUUGCGCUGAUCGACCGUCUGGCCGCGUAUGCCGCCCGCGAGGCGGAGAACGAGGACCCAGAGGAGAAGCGCAAAGAGGAGGAAGAGGCGGCCAAGCGGCUGGCCGAGAAGGUCAAGGGUAUCCGUCUCAACAGCUCGCAGCCGCUCGAGAUCAAGGAUGACGAGGACGAGGCGCCCAAGCCAGCCGAGGCGAGCGAAUGGGCCGGGGACGACAAGGAGGAGAAGAAGGAGAACGGCACCGUGGAGGGUGGUGAGGAGGGAGAGAAGAAGGAGGAGGGCGACGAGGCCAAGGUCGUUGCCGAGGCGCCGGCACCAGCAGAGGAGAAGAAGCCCAAGACGUUCCGCGGCAUCCCCGAGGACGCUCGGCUGUUCGAGGUGUUCUGGCAGCAGAUUGUCGAGCUCAUCAAGGCCCGCCCCGACCUCUCGAUCCAGGACAUUACCGCCCUGUUCGUGUCGCUCGCCAACCUGUCGCUCAGCUGCUACCCCGACCGCCUCGAGAACAUUGACCAGAUCCUCUCGUACGCCACGAUCAAGGUGCGCGAGUUCCAGCAGAGCCCCGACCUGCACGCACCGCAGACGACGGCCAACCUGCUGGCACUGCUGCUCUCGCCCAUCCAGUCGUACCUCUCGGUCUUGACUGUCCUCGCCAUUCCAUCCUACACCCCUCUGCUGGCCGCCCAGCCGUACAGCACGCGCGCGGCUAUUGGCCACGCUGUCGUGUCCUCUGUUCUCAAGAACAACACGCUCAUCGAGACAACGUCGGAUGUCGAGGGCGUGCUGGGCCUCUGCGCCGUGCUCGUCCGCGACCAGCGCGACUCGACACCCGGCGGCCCUGCAGCACGGAGGCAGCAGGUUGACCUGCGCGAGAUGGCCGAGGAGCAGGGCUGGGUCGCCCGUAUGGUCCACCUGUUCCACUCGGACGACUUGCAGACGCAGUUUGAGCUGCUCCAGACCGCCCACAAGCAGCUGCAGGAGGGCGGCGAGCGGAUACGCUGGACCUUCCCGCCACUCAUCGCCAGCAGCAUCCAGCUGGCCCGGCGGUUCAAGGCGCGCCGCGCCGACGAAAAGGACUGGGAGACGCGCGUGUCGUCACUGUUCAAGUUUAUCCACCGCCUCAUCUCGAUCCUGUACACAAAGGUCGAGGCCCCGGAGACUUGCCUGCGGCUAUUCCUCCUCGCUGGCCAGGUCGCAGACGACUGUGGUCUCGAGGAGCUCACCUACGAGUUCUUUGUCCAAGCCUUUGUCAUUUACGAGGAGUCGAUUUCGGAAUCUCGCGCCCAGCUCCAGGCCAUCACCGGCAUCAUCAGCACUCUGCAGACAAGUCGCGUGUUUGGUGCCGACAAUUACGACACGCUGAUCACCAAGGCGGCGCUACACGGAUCCAAGCUGCUCAAGAAGAGCCACCAGGCGACGGCCGUGCUGUACGCUUCGCACAUGUGGUGGCAGUCGGAGCGCGAUGGCGACAGCGACAGCGUGAAUGCCAAGCCGCCCCUCCGCGACGGCAAGCGCGUGCUCGAGUGCCUGCAAAAGUCGCUGCGCAUCGCGACUGGCUGCAUCGACGAGCUUACGUCUGUCCAACUCUACGUCGACGCUCUUGACCGCUACAUCUACUACUUUGAGCAGGGUGUCGAGGCGGUCACGCCAAAGUACAUCAACUCGCUGGUCGAGCUUAUUACCAGCAACAUUGAUGCGGUGCACUCGAACGACGUGCACCCGAGCAGUGCCUCGCCGCCUGGCCUGGUCGACGGGGUCAACUCGCCCGACCUUAUUGUCAAGCACUUUAAGAACACGCUGCGGUACAUUCAGAGCAAGCAGGCGCAACACGCUGCGCGGGGCAACGACGAGCCUGCCGAGGGCGAGGACGACGAGGACGCAAAACCAGUCGACUGGAGUGCCGUCGAUGUAGUCGGCGGAAGCCUCAAGAUGGGCCUGGCGGCGUAGGCGGAUGGGAUAAUUAGUUUGUAUAGACGAGGCAAUGGAUCGUGC